CUCUCUCUCUCAUUCUCAGUUGUACUCGACGAGUGGAGGUGAACACAAGAAUUACCCGAAGGACUCCCAACAAUUUUUUCCUGACAAUUUUCUCAAGUAGUUUCUCAAUAAGUUUAAUUUUUCAAAAUGUUGAAGUAUUUAAUCAGUGCUGCUGUUCUUGCGACACUUUUCGUUUACAUCAACGCAGAAUGUGUCAUUUGUGACUCGAGGCACGAUAUUAACUGUUUGUACGAUAAUCUUCCUUCUACCAACUGCACCCCUUGGGACAACCAAUGCUUUGUGCGAAUCGACGAAGACGGAAGCACCGUCAGGGGAUGCCUGAACACAUUGGGUGGACCUGAGCAGUUCCAAUGCACUGGUCAAAAUUGCUUCUCCUGCACAAACCUUCGGAUUGGUACUGGAUUCCAUCCCGGUUGUAACAAUAUCAUUUUCCCUGAACAUCGUAUCCGUUGUCAUGUCUGCAACAGUACCACCAGCUUCGACUGCGUUGGUGACCAGACCAAUCCGCCCAUCAUUUGUCCCAGAUUCGUCGAUGGAGACCAAUGCUUCAUCAUGCGUCGUGGUGACACCUUUUCCCGAGGAUGUGUAAGCGAUGAACCAAUUUGUGCACAGGAAAAUGCCUGUUAUACUUGCCCCGGUGAGGGAUGCAACAUGGCCAAUGCAACCAAUAUCGAACUUCCUGAAGCUCCAAACUCUGCCAAUACGAUUUCUAUCUUCUCCUUCUUCAUGUUUGCUCUUUGUGCCAUUCUCCUCAAAGAAAGUAUUUAAGGAUGUUCCUUAGAGAAUUAUCUUCAUUUCAGUUGCAUUUAUUUCAUUUUUUUUCGCACUAGGAAUUCUUUCACUUCCACGAUUUUGUCACAAAAAGUGUUCUUUAAUCAAUAAAUGAAGUAGACUUAAAUA